UGGGCAGGGGCUGCGGCGCGCCCGAGCGCUGGGGGCGAGCGACGGCGCGGAUGGCGGACUCGCGGCUCUUCUGCGUGGCCGAGGAGCGCAGCGGCCACUGCGCCGUGGUGGACGGAAACUUCCUCUACGUGUGGGGGGGCUACGUGUCUAUUGAAGACAAUGAAGUAUAUUUGCCUAAUGAUGAAAUUUGGACCUAUGAAAUUGAUAGUGGGUUAUGGAGGAUGCACCUCAUGGAAGGAGAACUCCCUGCCUCCAUGUCGGGAAGCUGUGGCGCUUGCGUGUGUGGGAAGCUCUAUGUUUUUGGAGGAUACGAUGACCAGGGAUACAGCAACAGACUUUAUUUUGUUAAUUUGAGAACAAGCGAUGGAACCUACCUUUGGGAAAAAAUCAGUAACUUUGAAGGCCAGCCACCAACGCCACGUGAUAAACUUUCCUGCUGGGUAUAUAAAGACAGGUUAAUAUAUUUUGGUGGUUAUGGGUAUAGGAGACACAGUGAACUCCAAGACUGUUUUGAUGUUCAUGAUGCAUCUUGGGAAGAACAGAUAUUCUGGGGAUGGCAUAAUGAUGUCCACGUGUUUGACACAAAGACACAAACUUGGUUUCAACCAGAAAUUAAAGGUGGAGUUCCACCACAGCCACGAGCCGCGCACACGUGUGCAGUUCUUGGAAAUAAGGGUUAUGUCUUUGGCGGACGUGUUUUGCAAACUAGGAUGAAUGAUUUGCACUACCUAAACUUAGACACCUGGACUUGGUCUGGAAGGAUUUCUGCUAAUGGAGAAAGCCCAAAACAUCGGUCCUGGCACACCUUAACACCCAUAUCUGAUGAUAAGCUUUUUCUAUUUGGUGGACUAAGCGCAGAUAAUAUUCCAUUAAGUGAUGGUUGGAUUUAUAAUAGCAUAACAAAUUGUUGGAAACAGCUUGUGUAUUUACCUAAAACAAGACCCAGGUUAUGGCACACAGCCUGUUUGGGAAAAGAAAAUGAAAUAAUGGUAUUUGGUGGAAGCAAAGAUGAUUUACUUUCCUUGGACACAGGUCACUGCAAUGAUUUAUUGAUUUUUCAAACACAGCCUUACUCACUGCUCAGGUCAUGUCUUGACUGCAUUGGUAAAAAUGCUGUUGUUUUGAAAAGCCAGAUAUCUUUAUUACCUCCUAAACUUCUGCAGCAGGUCCUCAAAAAAAUAACAUUUUGGACUGCUGUUAAUCACCGAGAAGAAGAAAGAGUCCAAAAAGAAGAAACAGAAAAUAAACAUCAGUGAAUCAGCAGUGGUUGAAUGAUUCAAGUCUUUCUGUGUUUAAUAUUUUUAAACAAUUCAAUCACAUCCAUUUGCUCUCCCCUCAACUGCACAGAUCACAGUUUAUUGAAAGGUUAAAAUUUGAAACUAAAAUGCUCUGUCGCCGUGAUUGUGUGGCAUGGGUUCGCUAGAAGAUGUUAAUGCAGAUUAAUUUACAUUUAUCAACCACUCUCCUUAACUUCUUCAGAAAUAUUCUUUGUGAAAGAACAGGCAUCAAUAACAGAAUUAACUCAACCUGCGUUGUUUACUGGGUGCAUCAUUCAAGCCUGAGUCUAAGAGAUUGCCCCAAGCACUUGGGCGCCGCACCAGUCCUAGCAUAAUGGCAGAUGUAGAUGUGAAAACUCUGCUCACUGACUUUGUGAAUGGACGCGUUUUCUCAAGCUGAUUCAAAAUGACUUAAGCUUUUCACUUAAUUCAGUUCUUAAAUAACUUCUCAUUAAAUA